AGAGAAGCAUAUUCCAAAUUGUCUUUUAGUUAAACCACGUAGCGAUAGUUACAGACUUAAACCAGUUCUAAUAUAUAUAUGUGAUAGUUAGACUGUUUAUUGGAGAUGCAGAGAUAACACACAAAAAUGGAGAGGGGAGAAGGAGCUAUGCAUGUAGCCAUGUUUCCAUGGCUUGCUAUGGGUCAUCUUCUUCCGUUUUUCCGUAUGUCCAAGUUGCUUGCGCAAAAGGGUCACAAGGUCUCCUUCAUAUCGACACCAAGAAACAUCGAGAGACUUCCCAAUUUACCAUCAAGCCUCUCUUCCUUCAUCACCUUUGUCUCUUUCCCUCUCGUUCCCUUCCCCGGCUCAACUCCUGGCUCCGAAUGCUCCAUGGACGUGACUUACAGCAAGCAACCGUCUCUCAAAUCCGCCUUCGAUCUCCUCCAGAAACCUUUGACGGAGUUUCUCCAAGAGGAGUCUCCGGACUGGGUCAUAUAUGACUACGCUGCUCACUGGCUUCCUCCAGUUGCGGCGGAGCUGGGAAUCUCGAAGGCCUUCUUCAGCAUCUUUAACGCAGCCUCUCUCUGCUUCUUGGGACCGCCAUCGUUGUUGUUAGAAGGGGUCAGAUCUACGCCGGAAGACUUCACGGUCGUGCCGCCGUGGAUCCCGUUCCAAUCGAACAUGGCAUAUCGUUAUCACGAAGUGACUUUGGUCGGUGACAAGAGGGGGAAAGAUACGAAUGGAGUCUCUGAUUCUGCACGGUUCGGCUACUCGAUCUCUGAGUCUGAUGCGGUCUUCGUCCAUACCUCGACGGGAUUUGAACCAGAGUGGCUUGGUUUACUAAAAGAUCUGUAUCGAAAACCCGUGUUUCCGACAGGGUUUUUGCCAACCGAUACUGAAGACGAAGUCGAAGGAGAUAAAACAUGGGUUGGUAUAAAGAAGUGGCUCGACAAGCAGAGCAUUAACUCAGUUGUCUACGUGGCACUAGGUACCGAGGCGAGCCUUCCUCCAGCAGAGUUCACCGAGCUCGCUCAUGGGUUGGAGAAAUCAGAGGUGCCUUUCUUUUGGGUUAUAAGAAACGAGUCACAGAUUCUAGAUGGGUACGUGGAACGAGUUGCUGGACGUGGCAUGGUUAAUGUUGGCUGGGUUCCUCAGGUCAAAAUACUGAGUCACAGCUCGGUGGGCGGGUUCUUGACGCACUGCGGCUGGAACUCAUUGGUGGAAGGGUUAGGGUUCGGCCGAGUACCUAUCUUGUUCCCGGUGUUGAAUGAGCAAGGGCUCAACACUAGGCUGUUGGAGGGGAAGGGACUUGGUGUUGAGAUCCCUAGAGAUGAGGAAAAAGGCUCGUUUGAUUCUGACUCGGUGGCUCACUCGGUUCGAUUGGCAAUGGUUGAUGAUGCAGGCGAGUCCAUUAGGGCAAAAACAAAGCUCAUGAUGGGUUUGUUUGGGAACAUGGAUGAGAAUUCUCGCUACGUCGACGAACUUAUCGGAUAUAUGAGAAGUAAAUAGUAUAACACGUCUCAUUGCAAGUUCGCAAAUCGAAAUGAUUAGUCGUACUAGUAGGCAUGUAAUAUUUCCAUAUGGUUUUCUGUUAUUUAAUAUCUUGCAUUAGUUUAUCUUAAAAGAACAAGAUGAUGUGAUACGCUACGUCUGUGUUUAGUUUAAUUAAAUACCAUUCAACUUCUUUUAACA